CGGAGUCUUCUCGGAAGAGGACCGGUAGUACGUCAGCACGUCUCGACGUGAAACGGCGAUUUUCUAGCGUUGUUUCAGCAGCUUCCGGUGGAGGCUGGUUGUUGAUGGCCUGCGUUUGACACUGUUGCGCUCGAAGUAGAGCGAGCUCCAGAGGUGUCCGGAGGAUUCCAGUCUUAACUACGGUGACUUCAUCAGCCUGCCAAGAUGGCGAUGCAAGCGGCCAAGAGGGCGAACAUUCGACUUCCGCCUGAAGUAAAUCGGAUUUUGUAUAUAAGAAAUUUGCCAUACAAAAUCACAGCUGAAGAAAUGUAUGAUAUAUUUGGAAAAUAUGGACCUAUUCGUCAAAUCAGAGUGGGGAACACACCAGAAACGAGAGGAACGGCUUAUGUGGUCUACGAAGACAUCUUCGAUGCCAAGAACGCAUGCGAUCACCUAUCAGGAUUCAAUGUUUGUAACAGAUACCUUGUGGUUUUGUACUAUAAUGCCAACAGGGCAUUUCAGAAGAUGGACACAAAGAAGAAGGAGGAACAGUUGAAGCUUCUGAAGGAGAAAUACGGCAUCAACACUGAUCCACCAAAAUAGACACUGUUCUGCAUUUUCAUUUUGGACUAAAAUUCAUGAAUGACUACCACUUUUUUUUUCUGUAAUUAAUACUAAAUAUUGUGAUUUUGUAUUUGAGACUCAAAAUGACCUGCUUGAAACUAUGAUACAUGUUAGAAUGUCUUAUGUUAAUAAAUGUGUAGCUUAUCAAUGUUCACUCUUGAACUUUCCCCUCUUGUUUGAUACCGGGGGGAUAAAACAAUCAAACCGUACCAAGAAUUGUCUAGUGGUAGGUGUCCUAGAGACUCCGAGCUUCCUGAGGGCAGGGAUGCAUGGAUGUUUUUGUGUUCUCUUUGCCUUCAGUGUCCAUCCAGUGGCUAGUCAUUAAAGGAACUUGUAAUAGUGUUAUUAUGUAUGAAUGUCUAUUAAUAAUGAAAUCUUCUUAACAACUGUAUGAAAUAGUUAAGAUACUUCAAUUUGGCAGAUAAGGGAAACCAGAGCUUGUCAUGUUCUUUGAAUGAAUAAGAUGCUUACAUAAAAUAGCUGCUGUGACAGCAACUAGUUAUUAAUUACUAUACAUUUGUGUAAUACUUAUUUUUCAGUUAACAGAACACCUUUGUGAAUGUGGGAACCCUUGUCCUUAGAAUGGAGUUCCUGGGUGGUGCUAAUGGUGAACGCUUGUGCUGCUAACCAAAUGGUUGGAGGUUCAAGUCCACGCAGAGACACCUUGGAAGGAAGGACUGGUAAAUCAGCCACUGAAAAUGCUCUGAAGCCCAGUUCCACUAUGACACACGUAGGAUUGCCGUGAGUGGAAAUCAGCUCGACGGCAACUAGUUUUAUCCUUAGAGGUUCAUUCUAGAAAUGGCCAUUCAGAUGACAGCACAUAAUUAAAAAUUUGGGAGCAAGCUGUUUGGGUGGUUGUGUCAGUUAGUACGUGUCUAAGAUUGUGUUUAUGUAGCUUUUCCCUGUAGUUAUUAAGCAUCUGUUUAUAUUUUGGAUCUUAGCUCCUAGUAUAUCCUUGCCAUAAAAACUUAAUGCUCACUCUUAUAAUCGUGUGUUCCCAUGGCAUGGAAAUAUGGUUAUUACCACAUUUCAUUAUAGCUGGCAGUUUAGGGGAGAUAACAAUACUUUUAUUUUUAUAGUUUAGGCAUGGGCCAAAUGGAAAAACAUGGACAAACUGUUUUAUAUACAACUGUAACCCAAAAUCAAUUUGAAGGGUACAUGCGCUGAAUCCUUUAAAUGGAAAAGAACAUCUAUUUUACUUUUAAAUUCA